AUGAAUGCCAUACAUUUGGUUGGCAAUGUUGCGGUGAUAUUGGACACUGUUGAAUCUGCAAUCCCAGAUGGCCUGCCUGAAAGUUUUGCUUUUGAUUGUAAAUUGCUGGAGACCUUAAACAAAGCUGUUGAGUUACUUCCAGAGCUAUGGAAGCUUGCUUAUACUCCUCAAGAAGCAAUUUUAGCCUAUAGGCGGGCCCUCCUUUAUCAGUGGAAUCUUGAUAUAGAAACCAGAACAAAAGUAGAAAAGGACUUCGCUAUAUUCCUCCUUUAUAGUGGUAAUGAUGCUUCCCCUCCAAAUCUUCGUGUACAGAUGGAGGGUGCCUUCAUACCUAGAAACAAUAUAGAAGAGGCUGUUCUACUACUACUACUUAUUCUCCGAGAAUUUAGCCUCAAAAGGAUUGGAUGGGAUCCAUCAAUCUUGAAUCACCUCUUUUUUGCAUUAUCUAUAGCAGGCGAAUUUCAGUCCCUUGCGUAUCAGGUUGAAGAGUUGCCUCCUGGAAUCAUUGAUGAAAAAGAAAAAUACAAUUCUUUAGCUCUGACUUACUAUGCGGAAGGUGACAAUGUGAUUGCUUUAAAUCUGUUGAGGAACCUAUUGAAUAAUAGAGAGAUCCAUAACUCUGCUUUUGAAUUAUUAUUGGCUUCAAAGAUUUGCACAGAGAUUCCUAAUUGCCUUGAUGAAGGAAUAGGAUAUGUUUACAAACUUUUUUCUGAAUCUGAUGGGAAAUGUGACGAGAUCGCUAGCGUUGCAAAUUGUUUACUCGGUGUCUCUCUUUCAAUUCAAUCUAGAGGUGUUGGUUCUGAUUCUCAGAGGACGUUGAGACAAUCUAAAGCACUUGAGGCCCUUGAAAAUGCACAAAGAAUGACGAAGGAGAAAAAUGUUUGUGUUUUGUAUCACCUAAGUCUAGAAAAUGCCGAACAGAGAAAGAUGAAUGUUGCUCUUUAUUAUGCAAAACAGCUUUUGAAACUGGAGGCUGGGUCUAGCAUAAAGGGAUGGAUUCUUCUUGCUCGUAUUUUGUCAGCUCAGAAAAGGUAUGUAGAUGCCGAGAACAUAAUUGAUGCUGCUCUGGAUGAGACGGGAAAGUGGGAUCAAGGAGAAUUGCUACGGACUAAGGCCAAACUGCAGAUUGCACAGGGAAAUUUAAAGGAUUCAAUUGAGACAUAUACUAAACUUCUUGCUGUCCUUCAAGUCCAGAGAAAAGGUUUUGGAAUCCAGAAAAAGCUUUUAAAGAACAGGAGGAACAUUAACAGGAGUCUAGAAAUGGAAACAUGGCAUGAUCUAGCAAAUGUUUAUACAAGCUUGUGUCAAUGGCGGGAUGCUGAAAUUUGUCUUUCAAAAUCUGAGGCUAUCAAUUCACAUUCUGCUUCUAGAUGGCAUUCCACAGGUUUACUUUACGAAGCAAAAGGUCUCCACAAGGAGGCUCUCGUGUAUUUUGGGAAGGCCCUCGAUAUAGAACCGAACCAUGUUCCGAGCUUGAUAUCUACUGCUGUUGUUCUUAGGCAAUUAAGUGACCAAUCACUGGCUGUAGCAAAAAGCUUUCUGACUGAUGCAUUGCGGCUCGAAAGAACAAACCCAGCAGCAUGGUACAAUCUUGGGCUACUCUACAAGAGUGAGGUUGGUUCAGCAAUGGAAGCUGUAGAGUGUUUUGAGGCUGCAGCCCUUCUCCAAGAAUCUGCCCCGGUCGAACCUUUUAGAUGAUGUGAUUCAAAGUUGAGGAUGUGCUUGCAUUCAACCAAAUCCAGGUUUAUGGGGUGUUUUUGUCAAUGGAAAUCCUUGAUGUAACUGAAUUUGUUGAUUCUUCUAGCUUAUGAAGUUGGUAUUUGGCGAAAUAAGUGAAUAAUUGAGUACAUUUUUAUCCA